AGAGUCGUCGUCAUAAAGGCAGCCAUGGAAGCAGAAGAGGGGGAGGAAUGGGAGAAACGGAUGGAGAUAGAAGAGAACAUGAGGAUGUCCACAAUCGGUUCUUAUGGAGGCAAAGUCAGAAAUCUGUUGGUAGUAUGUGCCUCAUCAUCAUCAUCAUCAUCAGCAGCAGCAGCAGCAGCAGCAGCAGCUUUGUCAAAGGAGGAAGAUGUACAAACGGAAGCAGAAGCGGAAGCUGCGGAGGAAGAAAUAAUGCUUCUAUGGGGGAUUCAGCAGCCUACAUUCUCCAAACCUAACGCCUUCGUCUCCCAAUCCUCUCUUCAACUCUCUCUUGAUGCUUGCGGCCGCUCCUUAUCCAUUCUCCAAUCCCCAUCUUCCUUGGGGACCCCUGGAGUAACUGGAGCAGUACUUUGGGAUAGUGGUGUUGUACUGGGGAAGUUUCUGGAGCACUCUGUGGACUCGGGGAUGAUUCAUCUUCAAGGAAAGAAAGUUGUUGAACUGGGUUCUGGUUGUGGAUUUGUCGGCUGUGUUGCAGCUCUUUUGGGUGGUGAAGUUGUCCUUACUGAUCUACCAGAUAGGCUUAGGCUACUUAAAAAGAACGUUGAGCAUAAUCUGUAUGGAGAAAUUAGAGGCAGUGCUAAUGUGCAUGAGUUCAUAUGGGGAGACAACUACUCUAACCCGGAAAUUACUGAUCCACUUCCUGACUAUGUGAUUGGAUCAGAUGUCAUUUACAGUGAAGGAGCGGUGACAGAAUUAUUGGAGACACUUCUAGAACUUAGUGGGCCAAAGACAACAAUUAUUUUGGCUGGAGAACUUCGAAAUGAUGCUAUCCUGCAAUAUUUUCUAGAAUUGGCGUUGAAGGAUUUCAUCAUUGGGCGUGUGGAUCAAACUGAUUGUCAUCCUGAUUAUCGCAGCCAAAGAGUCGUCAUAUAUGUCCUAGCAAAGAAGUAGUAGUAUAUGUCCUAGCCAUGGAUGGAAGGAAGGAACAAGAAUAUGAUGAGGUUAAGAAUGCAUACUACUGCUACUAUUUAGAGUUUAAUUAAAGGAUUCUUUGUUUGUUAAUUACCUUAUUUAGACACAUUUUUUUGUCACUUGACUUACCCUAGUAAGUUGUGUCAAGUUCAAAUUGUUUUUAUUAUAAUUUUGUACACAUA